AUUUUUGAAAUUUUGGCAUUCCUGUGAUUCCAUGAUGAUUUUUUUUAAUGAUCGUCUCUUUCCACCCGGAAGUAUGUGUAAGUGACGUAAUUUUGACUAAUAUUCAGCAUACAGUAUUUCUGGAUAUUUUAUUGUCUGGAGUCCGUUUAAACGAUAUUCAGGAUAAGGAACCUGAGGGUAAAUAAUAAAAAAUUAUAUAUGUUUUAUAUUUCUGGACAAUAGUCGGAAAAAAAUGCGAGAAAAAAUGCACGAUUUACUGAUAGGGUGUCUUCCAGAAAAUUAUCCAAUGGCGGUUCAGUCCGCUCAUCGAACACGCCAAUGUACGGUACACGGUUCACGUUGCUCACAUGGAUACGGUCGAGGUGAUCACGCCACACCCCAGCAGGACGGACGCAAGCCGAGCCCACAUGAAGAAGCAACAGAUUGUGUAACCUGGAAGGUUUGCGGCCUCAUACAGCAACCAGUUGCUCGCUGCUUUUGCUUUUGGUUCCGUGCCUCCCUCUGAAGUUCCACAAUGCCGGGGAGGUGGCACUUGCAGCGGCCUCGAAGCGCAACAGUGCCCGAGAAGUAGUCGAGGCUGGCCGGAUGAAGUUUGUGAACCACAGCUGUUGCAUAUUUUUGCCGUAGUCGUUGCAACUUUUCGGAGGGGAGUAAUGAAAUUCGCCUUGGCUGUCAACAUGGGACUUUUUUUGCACAACGUUGCCUCUGCCACCCCCACAGUUUCCACAACAGACAGGGGCCACCGUACCCCAUACAGCAAAUUCAUCAACAUGAAGCCCAAUUGGCUGCAAAGCAAAACAUCUACCGAACCUGCUCCUCUGUGAAGGUGUAAACAACCAGAGCUACAUGUGUGAGUCAGGCCACUGCUGUGGAGAAUCUCAGUGUUGCAGUUACUACUACGAGCUCUGGUGGUUUUGGUUGGUCUGGGCUAUCAUCUUUAUUUUGAGUUGCUGCUGUGUUUGUCACCAUCGCCGCACAAAACAUCGACUGCAGCAACAGCAGCGACAGCACGAGAUCAACCUCAUUGCGUACCGUGAAGCACACAACUAUCCCUCAGUACCCUUCUACUUCAGGUUUCUGCCAAGCUACCUCCUGCCAGAUUAUGAAGAAGUAGUCAACCGGCCAUCCACGCCCCCUCCACCCUACAGUGUUUUACACUCAGGACCUUCUUCAGCAGGACCUUCCUCACAGUCUCACACUGAGCAGCAGGAUGGUCACUGUCCAGCCGUUCAACCAACACCAGUGCCCCCCAAUGCGGAUCGCCUGUGCAAUGGGUCCAGUCCAGUGGAGCCACAGCCACCUACUUUAGAUUUAAUGCCAAAGGCUGACAACAAGGCUCCACAGACCACACAAGACUCUGGCGUGAUACUUUUGUCAGAUGGGAUUAGUAGCGAAAGACUCAGUUUUGAGGAAAAAAACGACUGCAAGGAUCCUCUUUUGAAGGACCUUUCGGAUGACAAAGAUAGACUCCCUAAUGGUAGAAGGCGGCGAUUUACAGGCGACUCUGGGAUUGAAGUGUGUGUGUGUGGCACACGUGGCAGCAGUGGCUGUAGUGGAGUGGGUGGUCCGGAAGGUAAGGAGUUUCGUGAGCUGGAGAGCCUGCUCGGUCGAGAGGGAAAUGAUCAGGAGGAGGCUGGAGACUUCUGUGACAGUUGUGUACACCGUUCUUCUUACAACGGGGAAGAGGAGCAGGUGCUUGGUGGGUCGGAAAGGCGGAUGGCACCAGGAUCUUCCCAGACGGCGCACCUCCCAGGAAGUGCCUCACUGCACCCUCCAGUAUGCCUUCUCCUUCACACUAUCAAUGAGCAAGAGGGUCCACACUACACCACCACCAUUGAGCCCCUGGGUUGAACCACACAUUUUACAUGGAAGUUUUUUUUCUGGUGCAAAGGGUUUUAAGUGUCAAGACUUUCAGAGUGAGAGUAGCUGCAAAUUAUUUGUGAGAUCCAGAAGUAAAAUUCCCAAACAAAAAUAUUGAUGAGAAAGAGCCGUUCUUCACACUGGAACACGAGGUGGCCUUCACAGACUUCUGCACGGACAGAAGGCAACUCUUGCAUAUGACAAGCUCAACCCAGUUAUAUCUUCAUACGAAUGUGAUACAUAUCACUACCCGAUUGCGGCAGGCUAUUCGAUUGUGACUGCACACGAGCUGUGACUGCACUCUGGAUAUAUACUUGAUAGAUUCAGUGUAAGAAAUCCAUUCUAAACCAGAAGGGCAUGUGAAGCAGACCUAAUUUGGCGAUGUCACAGCUUGAGAGCAAGUGACGUAGCUGCAUGAACUGUCACAAUCGGGUAAUGACAAUACACCUAGCUAAGAUGGAACCGCUGUAACAGGAGCCAUAACAGGAUCUUGACUGAUGUCAAUCGCCAGGUACGUCCAUACCUGGUGCCUGUGUCUGGAGGAAGUGAACUAGUUAUUGUAAUACAUAAGCAGCAGGCAUUUACUGUAGAAACGACCUGCACCUGCAAGUACGCUUUAAAAACGCUUGUUUUUUUUUUUUGUUCAAUUUGAACCACUAGCUAUAAGUGCAUUUAAAAAUCUAUAUAUGAGUCUCUACUUUGCACAAAUAGUAUUUAUCUUUUAUAAUGAAGCGUUUAACUUUUAAAGACUAUCAUUUUGUUUUCAUAAGUAUGUCUUAAAUUGCAACACAUGGUUAAUUUGUGAGUUGAAAUGCAACGGAUUCGCUUGUUGGUCAAUAUAUUGCCUUUUUUUUUCAACUCUAUGAUUGUUAGUAAUAUGUGCCUACUCAGACAAUUUAUAUGGCAUUACAAUAGUUCCUUUGAUUCACUGUAGCAGAUUAUCACCUUCACCAGCAAAACCGUAUAAAAGCGCUGAUUUUAGUUGCUGCAUUUAAAAUCAGCAUCCUACCCUCUAGUGGAAUUCAGGGUUCCAAGACAAAAAAAUACAUUUCUGCUCUUUAUGUUGCUAAUAAAUACUUAAACAUCUCAUUUGUGCAUCAUCACUAAGAACUGGACGACAAUCUUUGCCCAACAAAAAAAUAUUAAUAAUAAUGCAAAUUAAUUGGUAUGAUCAGGCAUGACACGGUGAAAUAUUUAGUUGUACUAUGUCAAAUUUUAAGGGUACAGUGCUUGCAUUUAUAGGCAGUCUGCAGCCCUGAGUAUUCAUAAGUUACUGCUAAAUCAAAAAAUAUCAAUAGAUAUAUGUAGUAAUUUGCACAAGUCAAUGCUAUACAUGUUACCAUCUUAGAUGAUUGUUUGAUAUAGUAACCUUAAUGGGAAUUUUGUCUAUUUUAAACCCCCUCCCGCCUUUACCAUUUUUGUUUGUGAGGUUUGAACCUACUUGCCCUGGUAUAAAGCUCGUUUAGACCCCUCACAAUCAUGGUAAUCAUCUUAAAUAGUUGCAGGAACGGUGAAAUGACCCAUGUAUUAUAACUAUGGCACAAAUACAGCCUGAAAUGGAGGCACUAUAUGGACAAGCCCCUCGCAUUUUUAAAAUGCCAUGUAUAUAAUACCUAUCGAGUUGCCUAUGCCUGAAUGUGAUUUGACAUUGUAGAGAACAGACGAAACAUUCCUUGUGUAGGAAUGUGAACAGUUCAAUUUACAAUUAAUGACAAUUCUGCACUAAAAAACAAAAUGGCCACAUGUAAAAGAUCAGUUAUUGAUCUGUAACCUGGUGGUAGAAUCUUGCACAUCUGCCCUGUAAAUAUAAACGUUCCUGAGGUUAACGCCUUGAUGAAAAUUUUACUUUGAAGAACGGGACUGAUUACACUUUGGAACUUAACUAUUUUCACAAAUACAUACAAUGUUAAGUACAUUUGCAGACUUAAUGGAUCGGCUAGCAAAUUUUACAAAGCACAAAGCAAAUUUUAAUUAGCCAAUGCGAAAACUCAUUCAGUGAAACACUUAAGUGUGCCUCUACGCCAACUAAACCUUUCAAGCACAAUUUCUAUUUUCUAUAAACUUUACUGGUGUGAGCCUAAGAAAGUACAUCACAAGUACUAUCUGUGCAUUAUAAAUUGUGAAACUUGUCGUACAUGUAGUGCAAAGAUGAGCGGAAUCAUUCUUGCUUUAUUUAAUUGAAAAAAAUGUAUAACAUUAGUUAACCACUUUAUUUUCACAUGUACAAUCACAUGACAGGUUCUAGACAAGACUUUAAUUAACAAUUAGCUUUAUUUGUUCUGCUCUCCAUGACCUUAAGUGUAACAUUGAGUGUCAUGCUGAUAUUUGUGAAGGGUACAUGAUGAUUGAACAUGCUUGUUCAACCCAAUCAGGUAAAAUCAUGCCAAAGACUCACAACAUUAUGUGGAUGUGCACAUUUUCUUUGAAUGUUUCGAUGUCAACACCAACAAGUUGGAUGUACUUUUAAUAAAACAUUUCAGUUUCGAUCAAUCAACAUCGAAUUG